AUGAAUGCGGCUUUUUUAUAUGCAUCUAAAGAUGAUCGAAAUAUGUAUUCAUGUCCUAUACUUCCUCGGCAUAUGUCUGUAGCCAUUGAUGAAAUGAAUUAUAAAUUAACUUAUGAAGAACUCAUUGGUGGAGUGUUAAAUAUUCGUACGGAACAUUUUCUAGCUGUUAACGGUUACAGUAAUCUUUAUUGGGGUUGGGGUGCAGAAGAUGACGAUCUCUAUUAUCGAUUCAAAGAAGUAUCCAUCAAAAUCAUCCGUCCACCCGCAUCUAUAGCUCGAUAUAAAAUGUUGCAACAUACAAAACGUGUGCCAUCAGUAUGGAAUAAGCGAGCAAAACUACUCUAUUCGGCAGCUAAACGUUACACUUGGGAUGGGGUGUCAUCUGCUCGGUAUAAUACCACAUCUGUUAUAGCCUAUCCGUUAUUUACACAUCUGACUAUCGAUGUUGGUUUACCACCUCCUGGUUUUAGUUAA